AUCGAGAGCCAUCUUUUGUCAGAGCCUGGAGAAGAAGAAGCAGCCGCAGCAGCAGCAGAGACUGAACAGCACCCAGCAAGAUGUCUGCACCACCUGCCGGCCCCCCUGCUGCCCCCGGAGAAGGAGGUCCCCCACAGCCCCCUAAUCUCACCAGCAACAGGAGGCUCCAGCAGACACAGGCACAGGUUGACGAGGUGGUGGGGCUCAUGCGUGUGAAUGUAGAUAAGGUUCUGGAAAGAGAUCAGAAGCUGUCCGAGCUGGAUGACCGUGCAGACGCUCUACAAGCUGGAGCCUCUCAGUUCGAGACCAGUGCAGCAAAACUCAAGCGCAAGUACUGGUGGAAAAACCUUAAGAUGAUGAUAAUUAUGGGUGUGAUAUGCGCCAUUAUCCUCAUCAUAAUAAUUGUUUACUUCAGCACCUAAGGACAGCGCACUCUCCCGUCUCUCUGUCUCUACUUCUUCCCCCCCUCGCCGGAUCUCUCAUCUACCCCCAAGCUGGGACCAGACAAACUUCGACAUAACUUCCCCCUCCUGCCUCUCCCCCUACUCUUCUAACACAGGGAAGUGGGGACCCCGUGUUGUGCGGAUGCUCUCCCCUCCUCCACCCGGCUCCCCUUUGUAAAUAUUAACUGACUGGAUUCCUACCCCUAAGUUAUAUAUAUACACACAAACAUAUAUAUAUAUAUAUAUUUAAUUUGUCCGUGUGUAGGUUUUUCUGUUACCUUGUUUCCUGUGACGCUGUGUGUCCGUAACGUUAUAACCUGUAGGGGGAAGGAGGGGCAAAUUCCCCAAACUGGUCUCAUCCGUUAUUGAUACCACGCCAAAAUGGUGGCAGUACGAACCCUGAAAUCUCCAAGAAGGCGAUUUCCCUGAUGCUCGACUCUUUGUGUACACCUUGCUUUCUCUCUCAGGCCCACCGUGCCAUGUCUCCGGGGGUCCCUUGCUCUUCCACUAAUCUGGAGGGAUGACGUGUAAGGGCAGGGUUGUCCGAAAGCUUCUGCCCCAAAGGUUUAAGUCCACGUCCCUUAAGUCCAUUGUUCUUUUUGUGCUGUUAUCACCAUCCUUGCAGGGGGGUGGUUAUUCAGACAGAAGAUUGGGGAGGUCGGAGGUCCAAUAUAGGCAGGAGGGCAGGUGGGAGUGAGAGUUCUGGGUGUGCAAUGGGGGGGGGUGUUAGAGGGGCAGGAUGGGAGUGACAGUGAUGUGUAGGUGAGAAGAGGUUUGGGAGGACAGUGCCAGAGCAGCAGAGGGGCAAAAUGAUGUGACCUCUAUUUGUGUGUGUGUGUAUUUAUGUGUAUGUAUGCUCAAGGAGGGGGAAAAGUCAAAAAGGGCAGUUAUUAAAAGUUGCCCUAAGCUUAUAACUCCACCACCUCAGGUCACUUAGGAGGGAAGUGACACGGACGGUGCGAGGCAGUUGCUAAGCAAUACCCCUCAGUGGGUAAGAGGAGGAGGAGGACAUAUGCACCCACCCCGUACUACACAAAGUGUUAAUGAGAGGUCAUGUGGUGAGGGUUAUUCCAUCAGAUCCCAUCGUUAGGUUUGCCUUUUCAUGACUGCAACAAUCAGCUGCCUGCUUCCCCUUCUCAGAUGACUUUUUACGUACCCCAAGUAACCCACAUCUGCAUGGGAUCAGCCGAUAUGUAGCUGCCACCAGCCAGGGCAAUAAACCAGAGAUACGACUGCCCUGCCCGGCCUUUGUUCCGUUAUGUUCCUCAUUGCCCUAUUCGCCUGCAGAGUUUGGGAGGGAGGGUGUGUGGUCAGGGGUAAAUCUACCCC